AUGUCCACAGUCGACUCCGCCACCCGCCCCAUGGCCUAUAUGUCCGACAGUGAAGACGGCCAAUCCACUGGUGGCCGCAAAGUCACGAAACCAGGUCCCAGCGUCGGUCUCCCGCCUACUUCGAACAACUUCAACCGACCGGCUGGCAACAUCAUCAAGGGGGCUGCGGAUGAGAACGGCAAGCUGAAAGAUGCUGCGCUGUUAUUGGGAUCAAGUUGGAUUUGGAGGCGGAGAUUCAUUUGA